UCGAGACAGGGUUUCUCUGUGUAGCUUUGCGCCUUUCCUGGAACUCACUUGGCAGCCCAGGCUGGCCUCGAACUCACAGAGAUCCGCCUGGCUCUGCCUCCCGAGUGCUGGGAUUAAAGGCGUGCGCCACCACCGCCCGGCUCACUUCGUCUUUCUGAUGGGGAAGUCGGGCCUGGUCUUGUGGAGUAACUCAAGUCAACACACCUUGUUUUCCCAGUUUGGAACCUCCGCUGGGUCUGGAACCUUAACGCGAAUCUGUUCAUUUUGUUUGUGACAGCGCCUCACUGUGUGGUCCAGGCUGGCCUCUUUAACCACCCUGACUCUGUCUCCAGAGUGCUAGGAUUGCAGGUGUGCUGUCUGCACACCUUGACUGGCCCAGGGAUCUAAGUGUCACCUCUACUCCUGGAAUCACCUCCCCCUAGCUAGCCCUGAGUCCUAGCAGUCAGCACCCUCUUCUCUUUCUGUCGUUUUCCAAGCCCAGUCUCGUCUCUUUUCCCUUUCUGCUCCUUCCCCUCUGCCCAGGGAAAGGCAUACUUGGUGCCUCCCUUAACCCUUCUCCAGUACUUAAAAUAGUUGGAAGAGAAAAUAAGGGGUCAGAACUUUCCUUCCUUGGCCUUAUCUGGUCCAGUGUUAAAAGGAAAGCCAUAAGCAUGUGCAGAAGAUCCUGGGUAAGGGGUGCAGGCCUGUAAUCCCAGCACUUGGGAAGCUGAGGCAGGAGGAUUGAAAGUUCCGGCUAGCCAGGACUUCACGGCAAGACUGUCUUAACAACAACAAAAACUGUCUAGAAAUGUGCAGUGGGCCAGGGGAUGAUGGCCAAGAGACUCAAGAAGGACGUCCUCUCUGGAUGCCGAGAGAACAGCAGACCUGUGUUCCUGUGUGGAGGGGACGUGACAGGAGAGUCGGGUUACGUGGCAAGUGAGGGUUUCCCCAACCUCUACCCCCCAAAUAAGAAGUGCAUCUGGACAAUAACGGUGCCUGAGGGCCAGACUGUGUCCCUGUCCUUCCGAGUCUUCGAUAUGGAGCUCCACCCUUCUUGCCGCUAUGACGCUCUGGAGGUCUUUGCUGGCUCUGGGACCUCAGGCCAGCGGCUUGGGCGCUUCUGUGGCACCUUCCGGCCUGCACCUGUAGUCGCCCCUGGCAACCAGGUGACUUUAAGGAUGACGACGGACGAGGGCACUGGGGGACGAGGCUUCCUGCUCUGGUACAGCAGUCGGGCCACCUCAGGCACUGAGCACCAGUUUUGCGGGGGGCGGAUGGAGAAGGCGCAGGGAACCCUGACCACGCCCAACUGGCCUGAGUCGGACUACCCCCCGGGCAUCAGCUGCUCCUGGCACAUCAUCGCACCCUCUAAUCAGGUGAUCAUGCUAACCUUCGGGAAGUUUGAUGUGGAGCCCGACACCUACUGCCGCUAUGACUCUGUCAGCGUGUUCAACGGCGCUGUGAGCGAUGACUCCAAGAGGCUGGGGAAAUUCUGCGGAGACAAGGCCCCCAGCCCCAUCUCUUCUGAAGGGAAUGAGCUCUUGGUCCAGUUCGUAUCGGAUCUCAGUGUCACCGCAGAUGGCUUCUCAGCUUCCUACAAGACCCUGCCACGGGAUGCUGUGGAAAAGGAGCCAGCCCCAAGCCAAAGGGAGGAUGUGCAGCAUGGUCCCCAAUCCCGCUCUGACCCAAAGACAGGAACUGGGCCCAAAGUCAAGCCACCCAGCAAAUCUAAACCCCAACCUGCAGAGAAACCAGAGGCCUCCCCUGAUACCCAGGAGACUCCAGUGGUCCCGGAUGCACCCAGUGUCACCUGUCCAAAGCAGUACAAGCGGCUAGGCACCCUGCAGAGCAACAUGUGUACCAGUAGUCUGGUGGUGACCGGAACAGUGAAGACCAUGGUCCGAGGCCCAGGAGAGGGUCUCACUGUCACCAUCGGUCUUAUUGGUGUUUACAAAAGCGGAGAACUGCACCUGCCCUCUCCACCCAGGGACACCUCUCUGAAGCUCUAUGUGCCCUGCAAGCAGAUGCCCCCCAUGAAGAAGGGAGCCAGUUAUCUGCUGAUGGGUCAGGUGGACGAACACAGAGGCCCCAUCCUCCCUCCAGAGAGCUUCGUGGUUCUCUACAAGCCCAACCAGGACCAGAUCCUCACUAACCUAAGCAAGAGGAAGUGUCCCGCCCAACCUAGGCCAGCUGCCUGAGGUCCCAGCCAGAUACAGCCUCGGAAUGUGGUGCUCUCAUCCAAAUAAAUAUUUCUUAACUCA